AUGUUGUUCAGCUCACUGCACAUUAACAAGUGGAUUGCGCUCCGGAGAUGAAGUCGUUUGCGAAGAUGCUGUUCCUGUCGUCAGUGUUGUGUGUUGCUUUGCAUGUACAGGGAAUCUUCAGCCAAAAUCCACAAACAUCACACAUUGUACUGCUCGGAUCGACUAAACCGGAUGGAACACGUGAAUUUCGCUGUGGAGGAUCGUACAUUGGCCAAAACAUUGUGCUCGCCGGGGCACAUUGUGUUACAGGGAAAAAUCAACCGGCCCUGGACACCGUACGUUUUGGCAGUGGCACGGAUAACGUUAUGCACUUUCGCAUCGUUAAUCACACGCUGCACUAUCGCUACAAACCACAGUUCGAAUAUCACAACAUGGCUGUCUACUAUCUGGAUGCGAGACCCGAUCUCGUCAAUGCAGGACGCUUCAAACCGGCUUGCAUUCUGAAACCCCACAUGAAGCAGGGCAUUGUACAGAUGGUUGGAGAUAGCUCCAAUGGUCGCGGAUUGGCACUUCAGUCCACUUCGUUGGACGUUGUAGCGUCCGAGAAGUGUCACGAAUACUAUAAUCCCAUACCGAAGCUGCGCUUUGGUGUGUUGCUCUGCUGUUUCUGUGCAAUGAACUCGGACACAACCGAAUGCUCGAAUAUGCACAGUUCUCCUCUACAGCUGGUGAUCAACCGAAAUGGGAAAAGUGUUCCCUUCCUGAUCGGUCACAAAUCGAUCGGUAAAGCUUGCGGUGUCAAAAGUCCCGCCGUAUUCACGCGCUACGGCUCCUACUACGAGUGGCUGGAAACGAUCACCGAUCUACCGCUCGAGGCUACGGCUUGCUUUAGCCGCUACUGACAAAGAAGGAUGAGUUUUAACAAACGCACCGUGUUGCCUUGUCUUGCGUGGUACACAAUUAAGCUUUUAGACAAAAGUAGGGCCAGCCACGAAAACCUGUUCACAAUUCGGGGUUUCUUUGACGGUGGACGGGAUUCCCCCAACCUAUUACUUCGGGUUUAGUUGUCCAACCAUUAUGUGCUCUUUUCUUUCAGUGGCUUUCAAACACUUUACAAGCUUUUUUCACAUAACUAUUUAACUUAUAUGGAGUUUGCUACUACUAAACAUGUAUAUUUAUUCCAAUAAAACAACUUUAAAACAAACACUUUAA